GCCGCUCUGCGCAUGCGCGGCCCCGCCCGCCGCCGCCGCUAUAUCCGGGUCCCGGGGGCGCUAUGGUCAUGGCGGAGGGCACGGCCGUGCUGAGGCGGAACCGCCCGGGCACCAAGGCCCAGGAUUUCUACAAUUGGCCUGAUGAAUCCUUUGAAGAAAUGGACAGUACGUUAGCUGUUCAGCAGUAUAUUCAGCAAAACAUAAGGGCAGACUGUUCCAACAUUGAUAAGAUUCUUGAACCUCCUGAAGGCCAGGAUGAAGGUGUGUGGAAGUAUGAACAUUUGAGACAGUUCUGCCUUGAGCUCAAUGGACUGGCUGUCAAGCUUCAGAGUGAAUGUCACCCGGACACAUGUACUCAGAUGACAGCGACCGAACAAUGGAUUUUCCUUUGUGCAGCUCAUAAAACUCCCAAAGAGUGUCCUGCUAUAGACUACACCAGGCACACACUUGAUGGAGCUGCGUGUCUUCUGAAUAGCAAUAAAUAUUUCCCUAGCAGGGUUAGCAUAAAGGAAUCCUCAGUAGCCAAAUUAGGAUCAGUGUGCCGAAGGAUUUACAGAAUAUUUUCACAUGCUUAUUUUCAUCACCGGCAGAUAUUUGAUGAAUAUGAAAAUGAAACUUUCUUGUGUCACCGGUUCACUAAGUUUGUGAUGAAGUAUAAUCUGAUGUCCAAGGAUAACCUGAUUGUACCGAUUUUGGAAGAAGAAGUGCAAAAUUCAGUGUCAGGGGAGAGCGAGGCGUGAUGGGAAUGGCAGUACAGAAGCCUGUACUGAGUAUAAACAAAAAAUUAUGUACUGUAUAUAUAAUUUUAGACACUUCAAUCACAUACCCUCCUAGCUUUGUUUAGUAUACACCUUUUGUAUGCUGUGUGCAUCGCCUUUUAAUAUGGGAAAUACUUUAAGUUAUUCAUGAGCUGUAUAUUCAUUGAUGUGGCACUCAUGGUUUUUAAAUAAAAGUAGUAGUAUCUGUUUAUAAUGCCUGUUAAUAAAAGAAUUUACAGUUCUCUAAAAUUGCUGCUAAACAAUCAUUGAAUCACAAUCCUGAAGCUGUGUCUGAUUGGGUGGGAAAAAGUGAGAUUAAGAUUUCACAGCAAGCCAUUUUUAAUGCAGUAGCUGUAGUCACUCCUAGUUCAAAUAUUAUCACCUUAAACAUAUAAUUCUGCAGGAAUCAUCUUGCAAUGUAGUUUAUUCCUAAUUUAGCUUUUAUUUUUUUAAGAUGGCUUUGAAGAUUUACUCUUGGAUGUGCAUAUUCCUGUGUGUGUAUAUCCAGACACUAAUAGGAGCUGUAGUAUAGUAAUACCAAAAGGAUAACUUCACUACGAUAUUGAUCAUCUGUAUUCUUGAUACCCAUCUAACAUACUUUCUGGACUUGCCUUUUUGUUAACAGUGGAGGUUUGUGCACAGCAGGCGCCGGGGCCUGUCCUGUCAAGGCAGACAAUUCUGCUGUCCUGUGCACAGCUUCUCUGAAGAGUAACUGUUGCAGAAAAGUCAGUGGCUUAUCCCUGUGCAGAUGUAUGGCAACUGCUUACCUCACAUGAGUAUUCCUGUCACACUAAGUAACAUGCUAGCAUGGUCCUUGCUUGCAUUCCUAGUAAAAGCAGUCUAAGUACUUGAAAUAUUGAGCCUGAUUCUGUGCAAGAGUUAAUCCCAUUUUCAACAUACGUUGAUUUCUUUUUCUUCCUUCACCUGAAUUAUAACCUUUGACAGAUUCAGAUUCACGUUUCUGUUCCCCAUCAGAUGUUUAUUUCAAGUUGUGUUUGCAGAUUUGCAAUAACUGACAAGUUCCAUGAGUGCUGCUUAAUAGUGUUACGUCUAGAAUGAUAGAAUUAAAUGUUUUAGAGAUGAAUAUAGCAGACAUACUGCUAAUCGUACAUGAAUGCAGGGUGUAAAAUCAUUAGCAGUGUUCCUGUGUUAAAUGGAUUUUGCUCGGCUGUUUAAGAACUUGGCUGGUUGUUUCUCUCUGGGGCUGCCAGGAGCCCUCUUCAUUGCUGUAAGCAGGUCAGAAGGGGCUACUCGGUGAGUUUCUGUAACCUACACUUCAUUUUCUACAUUAUACUUACUGGGAAAGAAGGGAAACCACCUAUUUUUAAUAAGUCUCUUUUCAUAAUACUCUAAACAUGCCUUAAAUCCUGUUUCUUUAUGAGUCAAGCACACCUCAAGCACCUGUACCACCUGGAUGUAAAGGGAAUUUGACCCAUGAGAAAGCAACCUAAUCUGGAGUUCCUCCCCACCUGUAUUCUCCAUCAGCUCUGCUGGGCUCCUGCCAGUCACUGUAUUUAACUCGCAGCAGGGCCAUUGUGUGAGAUGUCCAACUGAAAGCAGUGUUAGUUACUGUCUCUAUACAGAGCUGUAACUUGCCUGGUAUAGACAAGGUUAUGGGAUGGCAGCAGCUACCUUGAUACUGCAGGAAGGAGGACUGAAUGCCGGAGGCGGCAGAGCAUCUGCCACAGGCCCAUCCAUGCGGUGGUGUUGUGGACAGUCCCUGCGCCUUAGCUUGGCGGUGGCGACAGAGAAAGGCAGAAACGUGGAACUGGUGUUGCCAACCACAUUUUCCUCUACAAAACUGAAGAAAAUGAUGUGCUCAGGACUGCAUUAAAAUAUUAAACCUCUUUUCUUCCUCUUAUGCUUUAAGAGUUUCACUUCAAAACAAACCUGGGGAAGUUUCAAUCAGUUUAUUCUCAUUCAGAUUUUCACUGUCAAGGUGACUUGCUGUACUGAGCUGAUUUUAGAGAAGGCCUGAGUGAAACACUGCUUGUAUUUUCCCUUGCUAUUGUUUACAUGAGUACUGUGUACACACGUGCCUGAAUGGUCCCAUACAACCAGUUAGCCUAAGCAAACCAUUGAUUUGUCUAAUAAAUAUUAACAGGUUUAAUUUACACUCUACGUAACAGGGAAAUCAAGACUGUCUUUGAAUUAUAUUGUAAAGGAAAAAAAAAAGGAUAAAAUUAAACUUUCUUUAUCCAUAC